UUUCAAGGAAACAGCGUGGCGUUUUCUUCGGCUGCGUCGGCAUGGUAUCCCUGUGCUGUUGGCUGCCGUGCCGCGCAUGGCAAGCUCGGACCCGGCCGAUUUGUCAAUGCGAUGACUGCAGCAGGGCGCUAUUCUUCCUCCUUUCCGAAGGUCUGGAGAUUUUGGGCCCCUGCUGCGUGCCCGAGCUGUUGGUGAGCCUGGGCAUGUGCAAUCGCAGGCUGAGGGCCGCCAUCCUCGCGGACUGCGGCUUCGAAGGCACGCGGCAGCUGGCCUUUGCGGCGGCGGCGGGGCAUCUCUGCCAGCGGGGGAACUUCAUUUACUUCAGCCGUGGUGGGGGCGUGGUGUGCCGGGAGUCGCUGGACUUCCUCUCGCGCGCCGCGCGGGUGGCCAAGCGCUUCCGGGCGAAGGUCCACAUUGACGCCCACGCAGGAGUCCACGCACCUGGACGCCUGCUGGCGAAGAGCGUCUCGGAGACCCGGGUCCAGGCAGUGCUGCUGAGCCUGGCGCAUGAGGGCCUGUCGGCCAGCCAAAUCACCUUCACCGCCUGGGGUAAAGAGAUCGCCUUGGCCUGGCCGGACGAGUGCAUGGCGCGUGCCGAGCUCUUCUUCCAGCUGGGCGGCCGGGAAAUCCCGCCGCGGCCCCGCUACUACCAGAGCCGAAGCUGCGAACUCCGCGACGGGCUCGAGACGGCGGCGGCUUGACCGGUCCGCUCCCCCCGCUCGUCGAGACCUGGGACCAAACGCGCGAAAGUUGCAGCCGAGCCAGAGAAACGUGGAAACACACAUCGGAACCCCCCA